AGUCGCUCCGAAGAGUUGGUGGCUUGGAGGAGCGCUCCUCACUGCUUUCUUGGAUUUUGUACGUGACACUACGCUCGUCUGUACUCCGCACCAAGUUCAUUGGAUAUAUCCCGAGGGAUAAGUUUUUACUGACAAUUACUCAUCGUUUAUGUAAUUAGUGAGGAUAAAUCAGUUUCGGUGAAUUUAUACAGUGUUCAUGUGAUAUUUUUUUUUAUUGAUUGAGUGGUGAAUACAAAUGGUUGUGCUAGAAGAAGGCGGAAUGUUGACCACUGGACACAAUCAGUACUUACAACCGGAUUAUCUUUCUCCGCUUCCAACGACGUUGGAUGCGAAAAAGAGUCCAUUGGCUAUGCUUGCCCAGACGUGCAGCCAGAUUGGAGCGGAUUCUCCAACAAAGCCCCUAAUAUCUUCCUUGGAUAAAUCAUCGAAAACCAGCUCAAACGCCCGUUCACCGCCGGCGGCUAAGAUGGAGCGAACUCGCAGCAGUCCGUCGGAACCCAAGCCCCUGGCGUUCAAACCUUACGAAACAAACGUUCUAACUAAAAAAUCCAGCCACGACGACAGUAGACCAACAUCGAAAGCCAGUGUACAGAGUGUCAGUGGUCAGGACAGUGUUGGUGCAAGUGAAAAUAAUAACAAUAAUGAUAAAAAAUCGGGUAAACGCACACCACUUGGACGUAAAUCGGCAUCACCCUGUCAGGGUAACAAUACAACAACAGCGAGUAGUGCAUCGCCUCUGGAGAGAAAAACUCCAGCUCAAGAGACGGAAAAAUCAAACGAUUCAUCACGCAACAGUGGAGCGAGCCCGAUUAUUCGAUCAGGAAUGGAGGUGCUGUCAGGUGCUGGACAUCCGAAGGAGAGUAGUAGUCUCAGUGCUUACAAGCAUGGCCUGGGAUUCGGCAGCAAUCCUCUGUGCUGUCCACCAGGACUGAUGGAGAAUCCUGCAUUCAGGCCUCCAUUCGCUGGUGCCUCUCCGUUCUCUCAUCAUCAUGCAGCAGCAGCAGCAGCACUCCUCGGCUAUCCGACGGCAACCGGCAGCAAUCCAUACCUCAGCUAUACUCGCGUCAAGACUCCAGCUGGUGGUGAAGCACUGGUGCCCGUCUGCAAGGAUCCCUACUGCACUGGCUGCCAAUUCAGCAUGCACAAUGCCCAGAUGAUGAUGGGUGCUGGGCCGUGCCCAAGUGGUUGCACACAGUGCGAACACCAGAAAUACGGACUGGCAAUGGCCCUCUCGUCUUUGGGACCAAUGCCUCCACCAUCCAUGUCCUACCCUCAAUCUCUUGCUGCUGGGGGUAGACCCUAUGUAUGCAACUGGAUCGCAGGUGAGACGUACUGCGGCAAACGCUUCACCACAUCCGAGGAACUUCUUCAACACCUUAGAAGUCACACCAGCAUAACGGGAAGUGAUGCAGCCGCUUCCGCUGCACUUCUUGCUGGUCAACAUCCCCAUCAUCCUCUGCUCUCACCCUCAGCUGCCCUUCAUCGCGCUGCUGGAGGCACCUAUCCUGCACCAUCCCUUAGCCCUCUCAGUGGCAGAUACCAUCCAUAUGGAAAACCACCAGCCGGUCCACUGCCUGCAUCACUCGCAGCAUCACCUUAUAGUGCAUUCAACACUCUGGGACCAUAUUACUCACCAUACACUCUCUACGGCCAACGAAUGGGCGCCGCUGUCCAUCCUUAAGGUGAAUAAUGGAUCGCCCGCCUCAAUCAAGAUACACACGUAUACAAUACUAUUGUAUAAAACCAGAGACUGUCAUUUGUGCAUAACGCGCCGCGGGUGCUCAUUGUAAAUUAGAAACUUUAUUUAAAUGAAUAUAUAGAUAUAUAUGAAGAGAAAAUGGAGAAAAAAAAACAUGGCAAAUGAAUAUAUGAAUAUAUAAACUAAAUAUAUUACAAUUGAAGUUUUAUGAUGUAUCGCGACAGUUUAACGUCGCCCCGUUGGCUGCAGAGAGCGGCUCUGACACACUUGAAUUAUACGCCUAUUAAAAUCCGAUUGAUUUACGAGCGGGUAUUAUUAAACGUCUCGUUUUCACGAUUGUGUCCACUCGAUAUAAAUUAUCAAACAAUAUUUCAUUGGUUUUUUUUAUUCGUUCUCUCUCUUUCUCUUGCGUUAGUGUUUGACUCUGUCGUAUGGGUGAAUGUUUAUGACACACUGGUGUGCAUGGAGUCACUGGAGUUUUUACGAGGGGGUUGGCAAUAUCAUACACAUACAACCUUGUAUUUUUUUUUCGUCUUUGUUUCAACCAACGAGGCGGCUUUAUGACUCGUCCAAUGUGGAGUAAAAGGAUGGAAAAUACAGCGUCGUAAUUCUUGUCGAGUAAAAUGUGUAAUCAUGUGUCGCUGAAGAAUGGCGUGAGUCAACACGGAGGAAUAAGAAACAAGAGAGAUAGGCGUGAAGAGAAAAAAAAAAUGAUGAUACGGUUCGUGUCCAUUGUAUAACUGUGAUAUUUAUUAUUCAUUUCGAUUAUAGAACCGAGCGUUUCCGUUGCAGUCGCUUAUGCGUCGUUUGAUUCCCUCAGAUUCACGGGUCUCGCAGAAAUCAUGUGGAUGUCGAGUGUAAACAGUGAAAACGUCUGGGGAAUUGUUGAAUUGUUGAGAGCACAACAUCCGGUAUAAAUUAGCAAGAUUAAACGAGAGAGAGUAAAAAAUUGUCACGCCUGUCUAACAUGCCGUCGGAUGAGUGUUCUUAUCAUCACAGACGACCCACACGAUGCAACGAUGUGUCAUUCACACUGUAAAUAGGAAUUGUAAAUAUCGUUGAGUUUCCAUACCGCUUUAAUAAACAUGUUUGUAGAAUCACAUAUUCAAUACA